GCUGACCAGCUUUCUGAAGUGGGACCUCAACGAGAAGACACAAAAUGGCAAUAGAAAUGUCAGUGAUCAGUGUGGGAGCUGUGUUUUUAGUUGUGUUUCUGUUAAUAGUGCUGAUUUGCACUUCUGGUCAGAGAGACAAAUGUGUACAGGAAGACCAAAAGGACAGUAAGAGUACAGCCGCUGAAUCCAGGCUGCUGCAGUAUCUCUAUCAAUUCCUUCCCCGCACAUCGGCUCCUUCCCUCCCAGGUCCUCCCAGCCUCUUUCUCAUAGGAAAUAUGAUGGAGCUGACACAUGACCACCUGCCAAUUCAUCUGACAAAUCUGGCACAGCGGUACGGAAACAUCUACCGCCUUAAAUGUGGACACACAACCAUGGUGGUACUUAAUAGUACUGACGUCAUUAGAGAAGCACUGGUGAAAAAAUGGUCAGACUUUGCUGGGAGACCAGGUUCAUACACAGGUGAUAUUGUGUCUGGGGGAGGGCACACCAUCUCUCUGGGGGACUAUAAUGAGGAGUGGAGAGCACAUCGUCGUCUCGUCCACAGUGCUCUGCAGCGUUGCUGCCAGCAAUCAUUGCAUGACGUGAUCGAGAGACAGGCACUGCAUCUGAGAAAGGUUUUGAUGGACUAUCAAGGACGAGCUGUAGAUCUCUCAGAGGAUUUCACAGUGGCAGCCAGUAAUGUCAUAACCACUUUGACUUUUGGCAAAGAAUAUGAUAAGAGUUCUUUGGAGCUGCAGCAGCUGCACAGCUGCCUGAAUGAGAUUGUUGCUCUGUGGGGCUCCACUUGGAUCUCUGCUCUGGACUCCUUCCCACUUCUCAGAAAAUUACCCAAUCCUGUGUUUUCCCGUCUCCUGAAAGAGGUGGUCAAGAGAGAUGAAAUUAUAAGAAAACAUCUCAACAAUUACAAGUCACAAGACAAAAUAAAUGCGGACGCCAUCACUGGUUCGCUCCUCCAGGGCCUUGACAAACAGCAGAGCGCAGAACAUGGAGUGCUUCUGACAGAUAUUCAUGUUCACAUGGCCACUGUGGACCUUCUCAUCGGGGGAACCGAGACCACUGCAGCCUGGCUGAACUGGACUGUGGCUUUCCUCUUGCACAGACCAGAGGUGCAGACCAAGGUGUAUGAGGAGUUGUGCACAGUGCUAGAGGGACGAUACCCAAAGUACAGUGACAGACACAGACUUCCUGUCCUGUGCUCUCUCAUUCAUGAAGUGCUCAGACUCAGGCCUGUUGCCCCGCUGGCGGUGCCACACAGAGCCAUCAGAGACAGCAGUAUUGCAGGUUACUUCAUUCCAAAGAACACAGUCAUCAUUCCUAAUCUGUUUGGAGCUCACCAUGAUCCUACAAUUUGGACUGACCCGUACAGCUUCAAACCCGAGCGUUUUCUGGAAGGAGGAGGAGGCUCCACCCGUGCUUUGAUCCCUUUUGGAGGGGGUGCUCGGCUCUGCCUGGGGGAGUCUGUUGCCAAGAUGGAGCUCUUUCUGUUCACCGCCUACUUGCUGAGAGAUUUCCAGUUCAUCCCUCCUGAGAGCGAGGCCUCUCUGCCCGACCUGAAAGGAGUUGCUAGUGUUGUGCUCAAGGUCAAGUCCUUCACAGUUAUAGCACGUCCAAGAGCUGUGACUAAACCAUGAACUUCAGAGGGUGCACUGCUUACUUGUUGUUGUACUUUUGUGUGCAAAUAAAGGAGUUUUUAAAAACCUUUACAUGUUAAAAUA